AUGGCUGAAAGCUCGGUCCUUAUCUUCCCUUUACUCUUUUUACGCCUCCUAGAGUGCAAUCAUGUCUCUGACCACGCUCGGUAUCUUGCCGUAGUAUCGACCCACGAUGUAGAGAAACUAACACUACUGAUUGGAAUGGAUUACUACAAAGGACAUAUGACGAUAGGUGUUGUUUUACCGCUUUUGUGGUGCAGUCGCGUUGAGUUAGCUGGAGAUGGCGGGGUUGCUGUAUACGGGUCCGGAGCAUCUAGUAAAGCAGACAACGCCCUUCUUUUCCGACCUGUUUCCGUCCAAGCUAUGUGGUUUGUAUUUCAAUCGCUGCAUAAGGAGCUCGAAGGCACUCAGCGUGAAACGCGGAGACUACGAGAACCCGCUACAGCUACGGAACAUUACAUGGAUCGAAUAACAUCCCCUGACUUCCUUUGCGCCCAAUGGCAGCAGUCUUCGAUGGAGAUGGAUGACGAAGACGAGUUAAAAGCCGAUACUGUACGAGACCACCUUUCUGAAGAAGGGAAAGCAAAGGAAGCUCUGCUCCGGCGAGAGCUGCGGCAAAUUAUGCAAAGUGUAGAUUUGGACAGUGUUACGAGUCGUGACAUUCGAGAAGCCCUAGCACAGCGGGUAGGCUGUGUGGACGGACACAAGGAUUUCAUUGACCGUGAAAUGCUGGUGAUACUGGGUCAAAUGGAUAAGCCAAGUCGUAUCUUCCCAUACCUCUUGCUUGGAACAGAAUGGAAUGCCUCGAACUGGGAGGAGCUGAAUCAAAAUAAUGUGGGGUAUAUUCUGAAUAUGACGCGAGAAGUGGACAACUUCUUUCCGAUGCAUUUCAAGUAUGUAAAGAUCUCAGUAUCCGAUGAAGCAAGUACCAACCUGCUCAACAACUGGAACCUUACGUAUAGCUUCAUUAAAGAGGCAAAACAAUCUGGUAAGGUUUGCUUGGUACAUUGCAAAAAGGGAAUCAGUCGCAGUUCAUCCACAGUGAUAGCGUACGCUAUGAAAGAAUAUGGCUGGAGCUUGGAACAUGCUCUAGCAUACGUGAAAAAGAGGAGGAACUGCAUCACUCCGAAUAAGGGUUUCAUGGAGCAGUUACAAACAUUUGCGGGUCUACUAGAGGCGUCACGGCAUCGUCAUGCGCCUCAAUUUAAUGGACGUGUGGAGCUCCUCCCACAACUGCUGGAUCGCGCACACUCAGCCUCGUGUAUCCGAAGUCCUCGUCGUGUGUCAUCUGCCAGCGAUUCUGUGCGUUUCGUAGUACGUGAAUUCGAGUCACGGCGUCGCGGUGAAGACCCAGUUCGUCAUCCGUUUCCUCUUGAUGUGAUAAACAAAGCGUAG